UUUUAUUUAUUGAUUUGUUAAUCAUUUGUACAAAGCCAAAUUAUUUUUUUCCUUUUAAUUUAAAUUUUAUAAAACCUCGAGGUAAUCAGAAGUCUGUUUUAAAAGGGAGGAAAGAAGACUUCUUUAAGGAUGGCCCAGAUGGAAAUGAUUGACGUGGCGUGCGAAACGCAACGGACCCAUUUCGAGGAGAUCAAGGAGUACGUUGGAAAAUGUCUGGACGAGAUACAGAACCUGACCAAAGAGAGGGACGAAGCCAUGAGAUUGUACGAAGUGGAAAAGUCCGCAAGAGAAAAACUGCAAGCAGAAAGGGAUGAGGCAAAAAUACGGCUGGCCCAGAGCACUGAAACAUAUCUGAGGGAAUUUUCUGAAGCCAAAAACCACUGGGAAGGGGUCGAAGAACAUCUCAGGACUACGACUGAGAACAUUCAGAAAGAAUUGCGGGAAUUCGAAGACCACAAUAAACUUUUAAACGACAAACUUAUUUACAUGGAAAACGAAUUGGCAACCAUGUCGGGACAAGCAGAGAAUCUUAAAGAAGAAAGAGAUUCUCUGGUGAAGAAAGACGAGACACUAGAGAGGGAAUUUGAAAAACUGAAAUGCGACUUUCAGUCAGUUGCGGACGAGUUGCACGAGACAAAAAUGAAACUUUUACAAGAAGAGAAUUCCAAGCACAGCCUGAUACUCGAAGGAAAAAAGUACAAAAAAGCCGCCGAGGUUGCUGUGCAAAAGAUGACCGCAAUGGAAGAGGAGAAAGUCCUCAUGGCCAAAAACCACGAAGACCUCACUCAGACCAUCCUCAAAACGAAAACGAUCGAGAGCGAGAUGAAAGACGUCAAAUUUUACCUGAAUAUCCUAGGAAAAGGGAACGGUACGAUAAACGAGAAGCUCAACACAGUCCUGAGCCUUAUUAAAAAGGAAGGCCAGGAGGUCGGCGUACAGACCGACCUCACGACAAAGCAGCUUUCCGAAUACGACCACUUAGACAGAGAAGCGACCAUCCUGGUCAUGAAGAUGCGCGAGGAGCUCCUCACGACCAAGGACGAGCUCCUUGGGAUCAAGCAGGAAAACGAGACCCUCAGGAACUUUGUCCGGGACGUAAAGCGCGACAGGGAGAUGCGCGAGGAAGAAGAGCGGGUCGAAAAGCUCGAAGAGGCCGUCAAAGCUCUCGGCGAGCUUGUAUCCAGGGAGCAGAACCGGCCUUCGAAGGAGGACACCAUCAUCAAGAAACUCUCCGAGGUGAAACGAGACCUGGACAUGAUCAAGACCAACAAUAAAACGAAACCGGGACAUGAUGUCGAAAACAUGGAAUUGACCUCUAUACCAAUAAAAUUAACUUCUUUUAGAAAUUCAAGAAGAUAAUAAAUUAUUAAAUAUA